AUGCUAUCUCUUACUCACUUCUGUCUUUUACUCUUUCAAAUUUAUUUUUCUUUUCCCCUACCACAUUGUACUAUUGUUUUCCUUUCACUUCAUUGUAAUUCCUUACUCUCUCUUCUCUUUGACUCUUUCAACUUUUCUCUCUUUACUACUUCCUACGGCUCUCUACUGUUCUCUUCCUUUUAUCGUCAUUGUCAUUCCUUACUCUCUCUACGUUCUUACUCUUUCAACUUUUUCUCUCUUUUCUCCCUUACAGCAUUCAACUAUUACCCAGCAUUUCUCUUAAUUGCCAUCCCUUACUCUCUCUAUUUUUUCACUUUAAUCUUUUCUCCUGCUUCAACGAUCUAUUUCUCUCUCUCUCUCUCUCUCUCUCUCUCUCUCUCUCUUGCUAUUGCUAUUUUUUACUCUCUCUUUUCUGUGACGAUCUUAUAUCUUUUUCAUCUUUUUCGCACAAACAACCUCCCAUUCUCUCUUUUCCCUUCAUUGCUAUUCCUUAACUCUCCAAUCGUUUACACUUUCUCUUCUUUUCAUUGCCCUAUCUCUAAAUGUGUACUCUUCUCUCUAUCUAUAUUACUAACUAUUCAUUUCUCCCUUUUCUCUAUUACUCUUUCUCAUUGCCGCUUUCUUUUCCCGCUCAUCAACAAUUGUCGGCAAACACUCUAUGUAUUUCCUCAUUUAAUCGCUAUAUUUUCAUUAAUUCUAUUUCUUCUUUCUCUUUCAUCAACUUUUCUCCCUUUUUCUCGUUUUCUAUUCAUUUCAUACACAUUUCUUUCUUUUUCUAUCCCAUUUCUUUUCAGUCUCUCUCCUUCUUUCUUUCUAUUUUUAUAUUUCUCGCUUUUUCACUCACUACUACACCCUCUUCUCUCUAAUUCACCCAAGUUCGCCCACCUUCUAAUCCACGUCUCUCUUUUAUAUUUUUCUCACUUUCUCUCUCCGCCUCUUGCUUUUUCUUCUUCUUUUCUAUUUCCUCCCUCAGUCUCUUUCUACUCUACUGAAUCUACGUCUUUCUUUUUCCUUCUUUUUUCUUCUUUUCAAAUAUUGCCCCCCCCGCGUUCUCAUUCCCAAUUAUUUAUUUUCCCUCUCAUUCUCAAUUACUCCCUACUUAUUCUCAGUUCUUCACCAUCCAUUGAUUCUUUCUUACUCUUUUUUUCAUUAGCUCUUUCUCCUCUUUUUACUUCUCUCUUCCUCUCCCCCCCCUCUCUCUCUUUCUCCUUUUCUCUUUCCGUCACGACUCUUGACUCACUGUUCAUUGGCUUAAUUCUCUCAAUUUUAACCUUUUCUACUUUUCUCCGCGUCUCCUCUCUACCACGCGUUAGUCUCUCGUUCCUUUCUCUCUCUAACUUCUCUUUUUCUCUAUCUCCAUCUCAUUGUUUUCUGUUUAUCUGUUUUUCUUCCAUAAUCCUGAAUACAUUUCGCUCUCCUAUCUAUUUAGUCGAUCUCUUUUUAAUCCACUUCUUCUUUCUCACAGUAUUUUCUAGUAAUAUUUCUUUUUCUUUUUGCGUUCGUUCUUAUUUUAUAUAUUUUUCUUCUUAA